AUCUCACAUUCGUUUUGAAGAAGAGGAUAAACCUCAGUCUGGGUUCAAGCUCCAUUCUUCAGAGGUAAAAAUACCAUCUUUAGCGAUUCUUUAUCCUUUCAGAACCAUGUCCUCCAUUGACCUAUUCUCUUCUCCACUACCCAAAUCAUUCUCUCGUUCGUCCUCCACUCCUCGCUUCCAUUUAUCCUCUCUUCCCUUUUUCUCUCUCCCCUCCUCCUCUUUUGCUUCAUACAAUAUCACUUCCCUCUCCCGCCCUCCGAAGGUCUCCUGUCUUUGUUCCCGGAAUACCGAGACUACUUUCCCCGUUGAAGACGAAGAUGAUUUCGUGACGCAAGAUUUUCCAGUAGAUGUUCAGGAAGACGAAUAUUCCGAUUUGGAGGAAGAAGAUGGAGAAUUUGAUGUGGAAAUGCUGGAAAAAGAAGCCAUUGACAUUGCUCGAGAGUACUCCGCUUCGCUAUCUCGAGAACUAAGACUUGAGGACGAAGUCAAUCCUCAGAAGCAAAUUCAUGGAAAGCAGAAGAGUAAAAGUUCUAGUAGAUACAUUCCUGACAACGUUCUUCCAAAGGUGGCCAUUGUCGGAAGGCCAAAUGUUGGCAAAUCAGCAAUGUUUAACCGCUUAGUAGGGGGUAAUAAAGCAAUUGUGGUAGAUGAACCAGGAGUGACUAGAGAUCGCCUGUAUGGUAGGGCCUUCUGGGGUGACCGUGAAUUCAUGGUAGUGGAUACAGGUGGAGUUAUGACAAUUUCCAAGUCGCGUGAUGAAGUGAUGGAAGAGUUAGCUAUCUCAACUACUAUUGGGAUGGAAGGGAUUCCACUUGCCUCAAGAGAGGCAGCUAUUGCAAGGAUGCCCUCAAUGAUUGAAAAACAAGCUACUCUUGCUGUGGAAGAGUCGUCUGUUAUUAUGUUCCUUGUUGAUGGACAGUCAGGUCCAACUGCAGCUGACAAGGAAAUAGCUGACUGGCUGAGAAAAUACCACUCAAAGAAACAUGUUAUCAUGGCAGUGAACAAGUGUGAAUCUCCUCGCAAAGGGAUCAUGCAAUCCUUAGAAUUUUGGAGUCUUGGAUUUCAGCCCUUUCCCGUAUCUGCUAUUUCGGGGACAGGAACUGGAGAGCUUCUUGACCUAGUUUGUUCGGCUAUGCAAAAAGUUGAGGUUUCGGAGGAUCUUCAAGAUGAACAGGAGUAUAUUCCCUCAAUUGCUAUUGUUGGCAGGCCGAAUGUUGGCAAAAGUAGUAUUUUGAAUGCUUUAGUUGGUGAAGACAGAACAAUUGUUAGUCCAGUCAGUGGUACCACUCGUGAUGCUAUUGACACAGAAUUCACUGGAGAAGAUGGUCAGAAAUUUAAACUAAUUGAUACUGCUGGGAUCCGAAAGAAGGCAACAGUAGCUUCGUCUGGCAGUACAACUGAGGGUUUAUCUGUUAAUCGGGCUUUUCGUGCAAUUCGCCGUUCUGAUGUCGUCGCUCUUGUUAUUGAAGCUAUGGCCUGCAUUACAGAACAGGAUUGCAGGAUUGCUCAACAGAUAGAAAGAGAAGGGAAAGGGUGUCUGAUUGUAGUGAACAAGUGGGAUACAAUUCCAAAUAAAAACCAGCAAAGUGCUACUUACUAUGAACAAGACGUGAGGGAAAAGCUCAGAGAUCUCAAUUGGGCACCUAUAGUUUACUCAACGGCAAUAGCUGGUCACAGUGUUGACAGGAUCAUUGUUGCUGCUAGUACUGUUGAAAAGGAGAGGGCAAAGAGACUGGGCACAUCGAUACUGAAUCAAGUACUGCAGGAGGCUCUAGCUUUUAAAUCCCCACCAAGGACCCGGGGUGGCAAGAGAGGCCGAGUUUAUUACUGCACUCAGGCAGCUAUUAGGCCGCCAACAUUUGUUUUCUUUGUGAACGACGCAAAUCUUUUUCCUGAGCCAUACCGACGUUACAUGGAGAAACAAUUGAGAACUGAUGCAGGAUUCUCUGGGACACCAAUCCGUCUCCUUUGGCGAAGCAGAAGAAAAUCUGAGAGGUCUUCAACAAAAGCUCAUGGAAGUAUGGAAUCAACAAAAAUGAAAUCAAAUCUUAAACUAUGCAAAAAAGUUGUAGAUGUUGUUGACCCAUAAAGUGACCCUCUUCCCAGAUUGAGAUUUCAACCUUUGGGCUGGCUCUACUUUGAUCUUAAAGUCAGCAAGGAAAUGAGAAAAAUGAAAUUAUAUAGGAACAAGUUAUUCUAAUAUUGUAUCAUUAAUAGAUACCAUUUAUUUAUAGGCAAAGUAUUAGUUUAA